AUGAGUUGUAAAUGGAAGCUCUCUUUGAAAGAGCUGAAGAAGGUGAGCUAUGUAGCAGCGCCAAUGGUCGCAGUCACAGUUUUGCAGUACCUGAUGCAGGUUGUUUCAGUGAUGAUGGUUGGACAUCUUGAUGAGCUCUCACUAUCUGGGAUCGCUAGUGCCUCCUCUUUCACCAGUGUUACCGGCUUCAGUCUGCUUUUCGGAUUAGCUAGUGCCUUGGAAACUCUAUGCGGGCAAGCUUACGGAGCAGAGCAAUAUCAAAAGCUUGGGACUUACACUUUCUGUGCCAUCAUUUCCUUGAUUUUGGUCUGUCUCCCUAUAUCCUUUCUAUGGAUGUUCACAGACAAGCUUCUUAUCCUUAUAGGCCAAGACCCUUCAAUCUCCCAUGUCGCUCGCAAAUGCUCUAUUUGCCUCAUUCCUAACUUGUUUUCAUAUGCUAUACUUCAAGCGCUGAUUCGCUACUUCCAAACUCAGAGUUUGAUCCUUCCAAUGCUGUUUAGUUCAUUUGCCUCUCUGUGUUUCCACAUACCUCUUUGUUGGGCUCUAGUGUUUAAAGCAGAAAUGGGAAUCAUAGGAGCAGCAUUAGCCAUCAGCUUAUCAUAUUGGUUGAAUGUUAUCUUGCUUGGGUUAUACAUGAAGUAUUCUUCCGAAUGCGAAAAAACUCGUUCUGUGUUCUCAAAGGAUGUCUUCUUUGGCAUAAGGGAGUUCUUUCGCUUUGCUGUUCCUUCUGCAGUAAUGACUUGUCUUGAAUGGUGGUCUUAUGAGGUACUUAUUUUACUAUCUGGGCUGUUACCAAAUCCUAAAGAGGAGACCUCUGUGCUUUCUAUAUGCUUCACAAUCACCUAUCUGCAUUACUUCAUUCCUUACGGGUUUGGGGCCACAGCAAGCACCCGGGUUUCGAAUGAGUUAGGAGCCGGGAAUCCUCAGGCAGCUAAGACGGCUGUCUGGGCCAUAAUGGUUAUUGCAAUCACCGAGGCGAUUAUUAUAACCACAACUCUCUUCUUUUGUCGCCACAUUAUGGGAUAUGCAUUCAGCAGUGAGAAGGAAAUUGUAAAUUAUGUUGCAGAUAUGGCUCCUUUCAUUUGUCUGUCAGUUAUCAUGGACUGCUUACAAUCAGUACUUUCAGGCAAGCGUCGUAGCUUUUUCUCAUUUAUCGAUUUAUUAGAGCAAGAAAUUUCUUUUAUCACUCUAAUCUAAACUUUACAAUAGUCAGCAACAGCU